AUGAGCGAACUGGACGAAGAAUUUGCCAAGAUGCUGCUUAUAAAAGAGGAGCGGAUUAAGGAGAUGGAGAGGCUGCUGUCGGCGAAGGAGCAGGAGGUGAAUGAACUGAAGAGAAAGCUACACAAAUGUCAGUCAGUUCUGCCGAGCACCAUCGGACCCAGAACCAGGCGCGCGCAGGGCAUCUCGGCUGAGCCCCAAACCGCGAGGACUUUCCAGGACCUGAAGAGCGAGGCUUUGCGCAAACACCAAGUAGCUAAUAAUUACUCACAGCUGUGCCUGCUUGCCAAUCAAGACACCGGCAGCAUAAAAGCAGAUGAGAAGUUGCCAGUGUUUGAGAAGUGUUUAUGCAAGAGGUCUAAAGAACUAAUCAAAGAGGCCAUUCUUGACAACGACUUCAUGAAGAACCUGGAGCUGUCUCAGAUCCAGGAGAUUGUAGACUGCAUGUACCCUGUGGAGUAUGAUAAAGAGAGCUGUAUCAUCAAAGAAGGAGACGUGGGCUCCCUGGUCUAUGUCAUGGAAGAUGGCAAGGUGGAGGUGACCAAGGAGGGCAUGAAACUGUGCACCAUGGGACCUGGGAAAGUUUUCGGAGAGCUCGCCAUUCUUUACAACUGCACCAGGACCGCUACGGUACAGACCCUCACAAAUGUGAAGUUAUGGGCCAUUGACCGGCAGUGUUUCCAGACCAUCAUGAUGAGGACAGGACUCAUCAAACAUGCAGAGUACAUGGAGUUCCUGAAGAGCGUUCCCACAUUCCAAGGCCUUCAAGAAGAAAUCCUCAGCAAGCUGGCUGAUGUGCUGGAGGAGACUCACUACAGUGAUGGAGAGUACAUUAUUAGACAAGGUGCCAGAGGGGACACGUUCUUUAUCAUUAGCAAAGGAAAGGUGAAUGUGACUCGAGAAGAUGCACCCAAUGGGACUCCUGUCUAUCUGCGUGCAUUAGGAAAAGGAGACUGGUUUGGAGAAAAAGCUCUACAAGGGUAA